AUUUGCGCAGGACAUAAACAGGAACCGUGGCGUCAUGGCAUCCGUGUUCGGCGGAGUAGAAGGUGGAGGGACUCAUUCUAAGGCGGUUGUGGUGUCAGGUGAUGGGAAAAUCCUGGCAGAGACACAGGGGCCAUCUACCAAUCACUGGUUGGUGGGGGUGGACAAAUGUAUUGAAACCAUCAACGAUAUGGUCCAGAGAGCCAAGGUGGAGGCAGGACUGGAUCCAAACACACCACUGUGCUCACUGGGCAUGUCUCUAAGUGGAGGGGAGCAAAAGGAGGCCAUUGACAAACUCAUCGCUCAAAUGAAGGAACGCUUCCCCAGUCUCAGUCAACACUACUUCAUCACCACUGAUGCCAUCGGUGCCAUGGCAACAGCCAGCAAUUGUGGAGGCAUCGUAUUGAUAUCUGGAACCGGCUCGAACUGCAAGUUAGUCAAUCCUGAUAGCUCACAGAUCGGCUGUGGCGGCUGGGGUCACCUGAUGGGUGAUGAGGGAUCAGCGUUCUGGAUCGCUCACCUGGCAGUGAAGACGGUGUUUGAUGCCAAGGACCACCUGGUCGCUCCUCCUCAUGACGUAAACUAUGUCAGAAAAGCCAUGGAGGAAUAUUUCCAGGUGUCAGAUCUGAUGGGCAUGCUGCCACAUCUCUACAGAAACUUCCAGAAGUCGCACUUUGCUGGUUUCUGCAAGAAGCUGGCUGAAGGUGCAGAGGCAGGAGACGCUCUGUGUCGGUACAUGUUCACUCGGGCUGGGAGAGUCCUGGGGAAACAUGUGGUAGCUGUGUUACCUGCUGCACAAGCGCCUCUGUUGACCAGUGACCGCGGCCUGCCCAUCCUGUGUGUUGGUUCAGUGUGGAAGAGCUGGGAGCUUCUGAAGCCUGGUUUCACUGAAGUGUUGGACGACUUUGCAUCGUCUGGCAAUUUCAAUGGCCACUUCCAUGGCUACAGUCUUCUGAUUUUGCAGCAGUCUUCUGCGCUCGGCGGUGCUAGUCUUGGGGCUCAGAAUUUGGGCAUCACACUAACCAUGGAUUACUCAGCCAAUGCCAACGUCUUCUACCGACACACCUUCAGCAGCAGUCAAUGAGAAUGUGUGCGGUCAUUAAUGAUACAGACGAUUGUGUAACUAUGGUGAAACACCUAAAUCAUUCUCAGUACAUGAUAAAAAAGACAGUGGUUGAAAAUAAUCCACAUAAUGGAGGUUCUGAAGGCAGCGUGGUGGUUUUCCCAACCAAAGAAACUUUGUUUACGUUCAUUAUACUAUCACUUCACUUUUUUACUUUUGUAAAAUUGUUUACAUCUGACUUUUAUAAGAAUCAACAAUGUUUACUUGACAGAAAAUGACGGUUCAGUGUUGUGAGUCUCUGAUUACCAUUAUGAUUAAAGUAAGAUUGAACAUCA